AUGGAGCGGGACGCAUGGCGGGUGGCGGCAGGAGCUCGGGUCGGCAAGGACCUGCGGGAGGACUCGUGGGAGGGCACCUCGUACACGGGCAAGAGUGGGGCAUCGGGCGCAUCGGCGUCGGCAGUGUAUGCGCGGUUCGGCGAGACGUCGCGGCAAACGGCAAACUUUGACCCGCGGCCCAAAACAUACCGGACCAAGGCGCCCGAGGCGCGGGCCAAGUGGCUGCCGUCGUCGGACGUGGGUGGGCCGGCGGCGCCGACGCCGCGGGUCACCGUGGCCAAAGACAUCACAUCGCGAUUCGAGGCGCACGGCCUCACCGUGUAUCGCAUCGCUAUGGAUGGCAACUGCCUCUUUCGCUCGUUUGGCUUCCAGCUUCCGGGCUGGGGUCAGGGCAAGCACGCCGAGCUGAGGGCCAUCGCCUGCGACCACAUGCGGAAGCACUCGGAGCUCUUUGCGCCGUUUUGUGAGGCCGAGGUUGACUCGUCGUUUGAAGAGUACCUCGACCAGAUGAGCAAGCUCAAAACGUGGGGCGGCGAGCCUGAGCUCUCUGCGCUUGCGCACCACUUUCGGGUGACGGUCGUUGUGUAUGAUGCGUACACCACCACCUCGCUGCAGGUCUACAACGAGGGCCACCAGCCGGUCAUUCUGCUGUGCAAGUCGAAUGGCCACUACAAUGCAGUCAUCGACAACGAUGUCCUCUCGCCGACCUCGCAAGUCUUUACUCCUGGCCACCGCAACCUUGCUGCUAUCAUGGAUGCUGUAUUUCCCGAGAGCCAGCCCACGCCUGUCGGCGCGGUGAGCGCCGGUCAGCCUGCCUUUGCCGGUCCGCUUCCGACGCUCCCGGCCACACCCAUCGAUCCGGCGGCGCCGCCGCUCGAGGACAUGUUUGUGGCGGUCGACGAUCCUGAAGCCGUGCCGUCGGAGCCUCUCGCCGAGGAGUCGCUCGAGGACAAGAUGGCGCUCCGCAUUGCCGAGUGGACUGCCACCCUCACCGCCCUUGAGGACCAAGACGUCAUGGCUGCACGAGACACGCGGUCUGCGGCGCCGCCGCCACUCGCGCCUGCUGCCGGUCUCCGCAAGCCCGGCGGCAAGCGCAAGCUCUCCAUCGUCAUCCCGACCAAGCCGUAGCUCUG